UGGAAUGUGAUGAUCAUUAUUAUACAAAGUACAUGUAUGUGCAAAAACUUUGUAUAAAACCAGAGAUGUAGAAAAUUGUGCUGUAUGUGUAUAAUAAGAAUUGUAAUGCAUUCCGCAGUCAUAUAUUAAAAAACAAAAAAAAACCAUUACCAACAGAUUAGAUUUCAUAGAAAACUUGAGUCCUUGAGGACAGAACUUCAACUUCAGGCCUCCAAGACAGGGUAAAGUGUCUCCGAUGGGGAUGUUCUGGCGGCCAGCAUGGAGGUGGCAGGACCAGCUGGAGCUGGGGGAGUCACUAACUCUGAGGGAGAAGUCACCCAACCAGAGGGCUGAAAGUCCAGGGAGGGAGCAGAGGCCCCGCGGGGGGGACUGAGACCCUGGUGGCAAGUUUCUAGUCAAAGUCCAGGCCAGGCCUCUACCUUUAAGGCAGAGUGCCAAGGGGGCAGGAACCCUGCACUCCCCGGAAUUCUGAAUGCUUUGGUCAUAAUUGACCCCUGCAACGCUCCAGGACAUUCAGCUGGAAGGUGGAUGGUCAUAGAGCGGUUUUUGGAGCACAGCUGAGGGCUCUCUGAAGCUCUAGCAAUGUUUUUGUGGUUUAGAGGUCUAGCCUUCAGCUUGGGCCAGUUCUUGGGUCAGGUGGGAGGCAGCUUGGCUUCCCCCACUGGCCAAGUCUCCAGCUGCAUCAUAGAUAUGCCUGUGGAGGUCUCCAAAGCUGUGGAAGACAGUUCACUUCGUUGUCGAAGAAAGAAAAUUGAAGCCACAGAAUCAAGGUUGAGAUCAGAGAAUACAAGACUUAAAAAGUAUUGUACUGAUCUGGACAAAAAAGAUGAAGCAUCACAGCUUCAAAUAAACCUUCAAUCUACAAGUUACCAAAACCAGCUGCAACAGAAACAGGUAGACAUCAGCCAUCUUCAAGCAAGCCAGAUGGCACUACAGGAGCAGAUGUUGAGCCUGCAGUCAGCUGCUCAAUCAGUACCUUCAGAAGCCGGUGGUGUACCAGCAACCAGCGCACCUCAUUCAUUCGGUUAUGGACUCAGCCAGUAUUUGUCACCUUUCCAUGACGAUGCCAAGGACUUUAGUUACAUAAUUUCAUCACAACAGGAAAUAAACAGAUUGAAAAAUGAAGUUUCAAGACUUGAAUGUGAAGUUGGCCAUUGGAGGUGUAACACGCAGGCACAAGGAACAAAUGAGUCAGAUCAAAGUGAAAUCAGCAAACUACACCAUACAAUUAAGGUACUGGAACAAAACUGAAGUCAGGACAUGGAUCAUCACCAACAUGAAAUGUCCAUUUUGCAGAAUGCACAUCAACAGAAACUGGCAGAGUUAAAUCACCAGCAUCAACAGGAGUCAAAUGACUAUUAAGGAUGGAUUGCAGAACUUGAAAAGCUGUUACACCAAGGUGACUCAGGAGUUACAGUCACUGAUGAGUCUCAAGUCUGGGAGAUGCAAAACACUAUUCAGGUUCUACAAACUGAAAAACUAGAGUCCACAAGAAGAAUCAAAGAACUUGAGGAUACAAUCAAAGUCAUAAAUAAAAAAUUAUCUUCUGCAGAACACGACAGAGAUGUCCUGAAGAGAGAAAAGGAGCAGCUCAGUGUGGAAAAGAGACAAAUAAUUGAAGAGCGUGAAACCUUGAAAGUGGAAUGUAGUAAAUUGCAGCCCUCUGUGAUGGAGCAGAGUGAUCCUGCUGCAGAAAAGGGAACAAUUUCUCCACAGAGUUCAUCAGUGGGAGAAGUGUUCAGACUCCAACAAGCCCUGUCUGAUGCUGAAAAUGAAAGAAUGAGACUGAGUAGUUUAAGACAGGAUACCAGCCUUGCUGAAGACAAUCAGAAACUUCAAAUACAUGUGCAAGUUUUAGAAAAAGAGAAGUCAUUAUUGAGUCAAGAAAAGAAAGAACUUCAGAUAUCACUUUGCAAACUGAGCUGGGAAUAUGAAGUCAUUAAAAGUAUGGCUUCAACAGACAUGUAUUUGAAUGCACAAAUACAAGACUUAACACUGAACUUGGAGGCUAAGGAGCAAGAGCUGUAUGAGAGUAUUAACGAAAAGGAAAUGCUGAUAGCUCAGUUAGAAUAUCUGUACAAUGAACACCGGGAAGCCACAAAGCACAUGAAUUGGAUAAUAGAUGAGCUAUCAAAACAGCAAAAUGAAGGAGAUGGUCUAAUCACGAAAUUGAAACAAGAUCUAGAUGACAAAAAAGAGAGAGUUCAUCAAUUUGAGGAGGAUAAAAUGGACAUAACUAAAGAGUUGCAUGUAGAGAAAGAAAAGUUAACUGAGAGUGCACUGAGCCUCCGUGAUUUGCAUUUAACCAAGCAGAAGCUUGAAGAUAAAGUCGAAGAUUUAGUAAAUCAGCUAAGUCAGUCACAAAAAAGUAGUUUAAACAUCCAGCAGGAAAACCUGGAACUUAAGGAAUACAUUAGCCAAAAGGAAGAGGAACUAUGUAGAGUUUGGAACGAGUUAAGACAUGCUGUUAAUGAAGACUCUCAUUUUAAGGAUGACUUGCUUAAAGAAGGGGAAGUCGAAAUUACAAACUUGAAGCAAAAUCUUGCAGAAGUAGAACAGCUCAAUGAAAAUUUAAAGAAAGGUGCUUUUGAUCUGAAAACGGAAAAUGACAAGUUGAUUUCAGCAUGUGAAGAUGUAAGGCAUCAGUUGGAAGAAUCUAUUGCUGGUAACAACCAAAUUUCUCUAGAAAAAGACACUAUUAUGGAGACUCUGAAAAGAGAGAAAGAACAGAUACAAGUAGAACUGUGUCAGGCCAAAAAGAGACUGUUGGAAGAGGCAAACAAUUACAGGCAGACUAUUCAGGAACUCUCAAAUGUAUGUAAUUGGAAUACCUCUGUCUUACAGCUGGAACAGGAGCGUGUAGUGCAACUCAGUCAAGAGAAAGACUUUGAAAUAGCAGGACUCAAGAAGAAUAUUGAGCAAAUGGUUACUGAUCAAAAAGAAACUAAGGAAAUAUUGACAUCUUGUUUAGAAGAACAGAAGCAAUUGAUGCAACUUAUAAAUGAGAAAGAAGUUUUUAUUGGCCAACUCAAACAAGAAAGUUCAGAACUGCAAAAGGAUUUAGAUAAGUGUUCUCAGGCCUUAAAACAAAAUGAAAUUUUAAGGCAGACCAUAGAGGCAAAAGACAGAAGUCUUAGCUCCACGAAAGAAGAAAACAGACAUCUGCAAGAAGAAUUGGAAAGACUUAGGGAACAGCGGAAUCGAGUUGGAGCUGUGGCUGAGCCUCAAACCCUCGAUAGUAUCACAGAACUAGAAUCUGAGGUAUCUCAACUGAAUGUCAUCAAGAAUCAUCUGGAAGAGGAAGUUACACAUCAUCAAAAGGUCAUUGACAAUCAAAACCAGAGUCAAAUGCAACUACUUCAGUCUCUGCAGGAGCAGAAGGAGGAAAUGGAUAAAUUUAAAUACCAGUAUGAGCAGAUGAAGGCUGCACAUAUCCAACUGAUUUAAAAAGACAAGGAAAUUAAGAAUUUGCAGAAAACCAUGGAAAUAAAAGCCCAGGGGCAUGAAGAGAGACAGGACAUUCAAACAGAGAAUGCUGAUAGUUUUCCAGAAACAAAAGUGAAAAGCCUUAAUAUAGAAAAUGGGAGUGAAAACCAUGCCAUAUGUAAAGCCAAAAUGGAAAAAUUUGUGAAAAGAAUCAAAGAACGAAUACUUGAGAUUCAACUUUGUAAUUCAAAGAAUGUAUCUUUAACCAAACAGAUCGAUCAGCUGUCUAAAGAUGAGGUUGAGAAACUCACUCAAAUUAUCCAGCAGAAAGACGUGGAAAGACGAGCUCUUUGUGCUAGAAUGUCUCCAGUUUCAUACACUUAGGAUGUCCUUGACCUCCAGCAGCAACUCCAGACCUUCACUAUGGAAAGAGAACAAGGAUUAUUUGUUAGUAUCCAUUUAACUAUUUCAAUUGGCUACAAAGUCACUUCAGGUUAAAUUCAAUUUUCUAGGUGUUAAAUAUAGCCAUUUUGAGUGGGAAGAUCCAAAAGUGUCCCCAACAUACCCUUGAGACCAGAUGAGCAAACUAGGCUUAAUAGUUCUUUAUCAGGACUUUUUGUUCAACACUGUCCAACUACUAAAACAAAAUUACACUUGGAGAGCCCAAAUAUGAAAUUUAGUGGUUCAAUUCUAAGAUUCUCUUUAAAAUUCUUUAAUCAAAACUUAUCCAUUUAACUAUUUCAAUUGGCUACAAAGUCACUUCAGGUUAAAUUCAAUUUUCUAGGUGUUAAAUAUGUCCAUAAGGAAAAUGGUUUCUACCCGUUAAGUGUGAGUCAAACCAGAAGUCUUAAUACAUCAGUCAUUUCCAAUGGAAAAGUUAAUUUAUAAGAAUGUAUCAUUAAAAUCUGGACUGUUUAUCUAAACGCUUCUCUGGGUUAUCAAAAAGAGUAUUUAAAAUUAAUCUUUUUUUAUUUUUGUAAAUUAAGAUAAAAGAUGAAUCAAGAGUUUCCAGCUUGAGCUGGGUGAAAGUCGGAGAGGAGAGAAAGCAGAUUAUGUGGCAGUUGCUUCUCUGACACCCGUAGUUUCUAGAACCAUUAAGAACAUUUUUAUUAAAAUUAAUUUAGUAUGAAACAAAUUUUUAAAUAU